AGAAUGGAGAGGAAGAGCCGAGUGUGAAGGAGUUGCCACCACCAGGAGAGAAAUAGUCGGCUUUACCGGAACCAAAGGAGGAUGUAGACGAGACGGGGGAGCGGCCUGUCCCUCCACUCCCACCUUGCGUACUGCCAGAGGUCCCAG